ACCACCGAAACAAAAAUUACAAACUAUGUGUGUAUAUAAUUCCUUUGUGUUAAUGUAUUUGUGUUUGUCUUUAAUACAAGCAACGACCGACGGAUCAUCAGGAGUUUUGAUAGAUGUACAAGAAGACCGGCUGGUAUUCGGUCAGACCGUUGAGAUAGUUUGUCAUCUGAAAGGCUCUUUACACCUAAAGGAUGGCAGAAGUAGACAGUGGUCAGGAGGAGCUUUCGACAAAGUUCUUAGUUUGAACGGAUAUUCUUCUGAUAUCAACAAAUAUCAAGAAGUUGUAAAAUCUAACACAGAAUUUCGUCUUCAAGUAUUGAACUUUAAUGAAUCCGACGCCAACCAGUUUUACAAAUGUGUGUAUGGAUUUAAAUAUAAUGAGACAAAAUUGGAUCUAACAAAGAAACCGUAUGAAUAUAUACCAGGUGAAAGUGAAAUUGACACACGGUUUAUUGUUAACAACGAAAGUGAAAUUGUAACAACGCAUGUACGAUUUCAGAAAAUGUAUCCAGUACCACAGUGUAUUGUGUAUGCCGAACAGAAAUCUUUGGUAAAUAUGACAAUUGAAAGUAAGAGAACUAUUGGUUUGUUUCUAAAUGUUUCACUCAAUUCAGAAAUGAAGACAGCAGAAUGUUGCGGAAGAGAAAUUACAAUGAUAUGUUCAAUAGGAACACGUAAAAUUGUUAGCAGAACAACGAAGAUUCCGGAUUGUGACGACCGUGUUGAGUUAGUCACGCUGCCAGGGAUAACAGUGAUUGUUUUACCAAUUGUGUCCAUAGUAUUGGUCUGUUUAGUUAGUUUGGUACUGGUGUACAAAAGAAAACACAAGCCUGAUUAUUCCAAAUCUCGUACAAGCGAAUGCUGAGAAAUCGCUCAAGAAAUUCUAUACAGCACAGAUGUCCGAUGGAAGACUUUCCGGUAGUCGCAUGAAAGUAAUCAGCGAAGGAUAAAUAGCUAUGAAGCACAGUGUUAAAACUCAUAACUGUUAACACAAGGUUCGAGGAAGCACGAAAACUGUUUCUGUUAAUGUCUCUCUUAUCAAAUACCAUGCUUCGAUCUGCUGCUUGAAUACAAGUGCAGCUCUAGAACUAUUAGAUUAUAAAACAAUGAUUGUCCCUUAUACAUGCACUUUGUUUGAUUGUUUUGCUUUUUCAUUUUUAGUCUAUUAAUAUUUAAGGUAUACCAUGA